AUGGGCCCCGGGCGGGUGUCCCUCCUGCCCCUGCCCAAGGAUACCCUUAAGUUAGGUGUGUGUGCUAAUGUGCUUAACUUGGUCAAUGUCGUCAUCGGUUCACCCCCGGUGAAGCCAUGCUGUUCCCUCAUCCAAGGCCUCGCCGACCUCGAAGCCGCCGUCUGCCUUUGCACCGCACUCAGAGCUAACGUCUUGGGCCUCAACCUUAACAUCCCGAUUUCCCUUAGCUUGCUUCUCAACGUUUGCUCAAGGAAUGUUCCAAAGGGCUUUCAAUGCUAAA